GCCACUGCGAUAUUUCACCUUCGAUAUGUAAACAUACUGCCAUCUCUACCCAGCACCAAAAAACCGAAAGAAGAAGUGCAACGCGCAGCGUCUAAUUAAAACCAAAUUGAUCGAUUUGGCCGCGGCCGAAACUGGACAUUCGCAAUUUGGGCGGUCAGCCGCCCCCGUCCCGUACCGCCCCGCCCCCCCGCCGCGCGUUUCCCGCUGCCAUCGAACAGUGUCCGUCGGUGUGACGCACGUCGGUGUGUGUGUGUGUGUGCGGGCCUUGUUAUUGUUGUUGUAGCUCUUGCUACGUUCGCCGUUCGCAGAGUGCGCUGGUGUGCGUGUGUGUGAGUGUGUGCAGAGAGGUAUCGUUGGAAUUAACAAAAAAAAAAAAAAAUCAGAAAAAAAAAAAAAAAAACAAGAUUGGAAAAAACCUAAAAGCCAAGAGAAACAAAGCUACUCUUUAGCCAUCCAUCCCCUUUUGGCCAGUUUGUGUGGUGUGCCACAAAGUGUUCACCCAACUGUUGCAUGCCGUGGAAUCCCACUGGCCCACUCCACUGUUUACCCACCAACACAUCCUGGUCAUCCUUGUGUGCUCCCUGCAAAGCGGCAUUUUCCAGGGAUUGAUAGCAGUUCCUGUCCCUCCCCCUGCCCCUGCUCCUGCCCCACCCCUCUGGAAACACAAGCACCUGGGAACGCCCGGGUGCUCGACUGCGUCCGCAUGUGGCGUUGGCGGCACUCCAGCACAAGAAGCCAGCGCCAAGUGCCAAGUGCCCAUCCGCAUUUGAAUCCCAUUCAGUGGCAGCGGUUUCACAGCACCAGCAGCAGCGGUAGUUAGCCAGAAAGCAAGCCACGCUCGUGACCUCAUCGCCGGAACAACAAUAACAACAAUACCAAGAACAACAACAGCGCUUGACGCGUGCCUCCUCAUUACCAUUACCAUUAUCAUUAACAUUCCCACAGCCAUAGAAGACCAUCUCCUGGCAGGAGCAGCAGCUGACCACCAACCGAACACCAGGAAGCAAGCUGCAACUGCAACUGGUUAUCAUCUUGCAUUUGCAUGCCACCUGAACUAGAACCUGUGACCAGCCAGCGCAGCAUGGAUGUGGAACGAAGGCGCCGGGCGAAUACGCUCGAGCGCAAGAUGCGCGAUCCGACCAGCAUCUGCAAUGUGGACUGCCUGCUGGACACGGUUUCGGCUUUGGUCAGCGACUGUGACCACGAUUCCCUGAGGCGGCUGAAGAACAUCGAGCAGUAUGCGGCCAAAUAUAAACCCCUGGCCCUGCAGAUCAACCAGCUGCGGAUGAACGUGGAGGACUUCGACUUCAUCAAGCUCAUCGGCGCCGGCGCCUUCGGAGAGGUGCAGCUGGUCCGGCACAAGUCCUCCAGCCAGGUGUACGCCAUGAAGCGGCUGUCCAAGUUCGAGAUGAUGAAGCGACCGGACUCUGCCUUCUUUUGGGAGGAGCGCCACAUCAUGGCGCACGCCAACUCCGAGUGGAUCGUUCAGCUGCACUUUGCCUUCCAGGAUGCCAAAUACCUGUACAUGGUGAUGGACUUCAUGCCCGGCGGCGAUAUAGUGUCGCUGAUGGGCGACUACGACAUACCGGAGAAGUGGGCGAUCUUCUACACGAUGGAGGUGGUGCUGGCCCUGGACACCAUACACAACAUGGGCUUCGUGCACCGCGACGUGAAGCCGGACAACAUGCUGCUCGAUAGCUAUGGCCACCUGAAGCUGGCCGACUUUGGUACCUGCAUGCGGAUGGGGGCGAAUGGUCAGGUGGUUUCGAGCAAUGCGGUGGGCACACCCGACUACAUCAGUCCCGAGGUGCUGCAGUCGCAGGGCGUGGACAAUGAGUAUGGACGCGAGUGCGACUGGUGGUCGGUGGGCAUAUUCCUGUACGAGAUGCUCUUCGGCGAGACACCGUUCUAUGCGGACUCACUGGUGGGCACCUACGGCAAGAUCAUGGAUCACAAGAACUCGCUCAGCUUUCCGCCCGAGGUGGAGAUUAGCGAACAGGCCAAGGCCCUCAUACGGGCCUUCCUCACCGAUCGAACGCAGCGAUUGGGCCGCUACGGCAUCGAGGACAUCAAGGCGCAUCCGUUCUUUCGCAACGACACCUGGUCGUUCGACAACAUACGCGAGAGUGUGCCGCCGGUGGUGCCGGAACUCUCCUCCGACGACGAUACGCGCAAUUUCGAGGACAUCGAGCGGGACGAGAAGCCGGAGGAGGUGUUCCCCGUGCCCAAGGGCUUCGAUGGCAACCACCUGCCCUUCAUUGGUUUCACCUACACGGGCGACUAUCAGCUGCUGUCCAGCGACACCGUGGAUGCCGAGUCCAAGGAGGCCAGUGUGGCGAAUAGCGGGGCGGCCAGCAAUAAUCACGGGCAUGGUCAUGGUCAUGGGCCUGGGCACAACCAUCGCCAUCGGCCGUCGAACUCCAAUGAGCUGAAGCGGCUGGAGGCGCUACUAGAGCGGGAACGUGGCCGAUCGGAGGCACUGGAGCAGCAGGACGCGGGACUGCGGCAACAGAUCGAGCUGAUAACGAAACGGGAGGCGGAGCUGCAACGGAUCGCGUCGGAGUAUGAGAAGGAUCUGGCAUUGCGGCAGCACAACUACAAGGUGGCCAUGCAGAAGGUGGAGCAGGAGAUCGAGUUGCGCAAGAAGACGGAGGCGCUGCUCGUGGAGACGCAACGCAAUCUGGAGAACGAACAGAAGACGCGGGCCCGCGACCUCAAUAUCAACGACAAGGUCAUCUCGCUGGAGAAGCAACUGCUCGAGAUGGAGCAGAGCUACAAGAGCGAAACGGAGCACACGCAAAAGCUGAAGAAGCACAAUGCCGAGCUGGGCUUCACGGUCAAGUCGCAGGAGGAGAAGGUGCGCGACAUGGUCGACAUGAUCGACACGCUGCAGAAGCACAAGGAGGAGCUGGGCCAGGAGAAUGCCGAGCUGCAGGCCCUGGUCGUCCAGGAGAAGAAUCUACGCUCGCAGCUCAAGGAGCUGCACAAGGAGGCCGAAAACAAAAUGCAGACGCUGGCCAACGACAUCGAACGGACGCUGGGGCGGGAGCAAAAGGCCCAGGAGGAUAAUCGGGCGUUGCUCGAGAAGAUCAGCGAUUUGGAGAAGGCCCACGCCGGCCUCGACUUCGAACUGAAGGCAGCCCAGGGCCGCUACCAGCAGGAGGUUAAGGCCCACCAGGAGACGGAGAAGUCACGACUCGUCUCGCGCGAGGAGGCCAAUCUGCAGGAGGUCAAAGCGCUGCAGUCGAAGCUCAACGAGGAGAAGUCCGCCCGCAUCAAGGCCGACCAGCAUUCGCAGGAGAAGGAGCGCCAGUUGAGCAUGCUCUCGGUGGACUAUCGCCAGAUCCAGCUGCGCCUGCAGAAGCUCGAGGGCGAGUGCCGCCAGGAGUCGGAGAAGGUGGCCGCUCUGCAGUCGCAGCUCGACCAGGAGCACAGCAAGCGCAAUGCCCUGCUCUCGGAGCUCAGUCUGCACAGCUCGGAGGUGGCACAUCUGCGCUCCCGCGAGAAUCAACUGCAGAAGGAACUGUCCGCCCAGCGCGAGGCGAAACGGCGCUUCGAGGAGGAUCUCACCCAGCUGAAGGGCAAUCACCACGAGGCGUUGGCCAACAAUCGGGAGCUACAGGCCCAACUGGAGGCCGAGCAGUGCUUCUCGCGGCUGUACAAGACGCAGGCGAACGAGAAUCGCGAGGAGAGCGCCGAGCGGCUGGCCAAGAUCGAGGAUUUGGAAGAGGAGCGCGUAUCGCUGAAGCAUCAGGUGCAAGUGGCCGUUGCCCGUGCCGACUCUGAGGCCUUGGCCCGUUCCAUUGCCGAGGAGACGGUGGCCGAUCUCGAAAAGGAGAAGACCAUCAAGGAGCUGGAACUGAAGGACUUUGUGAUGAAGCACCGCAACGAGAUCAAUGCCAAGGAGGCGGCCCUGGCCACGCUCAAGGAGGCAGAGAUCGAGCUGCACAAGAAGCUGUCCCAGAAGGGUGUCGAAUGCGACGAUCUCCUUCAGCAGCACAAGAAGCUACAGGAGGAGCUCACGCUGGUGAGGACCGGCAAGGACGAGGAGAUCACCAAACUGCUGGACAAGUGCAAGAACGAGGUCCUGCUCAAACAGGUGGCGGUGAACAAGCUGGCCGAGGUGAUGAACCGACGCGACUCCGACCUGCCCAAGCAAAAGAGCAAGGCCCGUUCCACCGCCGAGCUGCGCAAGAAGGAGAAGGAGAUGCGACGACUGCAGCAGGAGCUCUCGCAGGAGCGCGACAAGUACAGUCAGCUGCUGUUGAAGCACCAGGACCUGCAGCAGCUGUGCGCCGAGGAGCAGCAGCUCAAGCAGAAGAUGGUCAUGGAGAUCGAUUGCAAGGCCACCGAGAUCGAGCAUCUGCAGAGCAAGCUGAACGAGACGGCGUCGCUCUCCUCGGCGGACAACGAUCCCGAGGAUAGCCAGCACUCCUCUCUGCUCUCCCUCACACAGGACUCGGUCUUCGAGGGCUGGCUGAGUGUGCCCAACAAGCAGAAUCGGCGACGUGGCCACGGCUGGAAGCGCCAGUACGUCAUCGUCUCCUCGCGCAAGAUCAUCUUCUACAACUCGGACAUUGACAAGCACAACACCACGGAUGCCGUGCUCAUCCUGGACCUCAGUAAGGUGUACCACGUCCGAAGCGUCACUCAGGGCGAUGUCAUACGCGCCGAUGCCAAAGAGAUUCCGCGCAUCUUCCAGCUGCUGUACGCCGGCGAGGGUGCCUCCCAUCGUCCCGAUGAGCAGAGCCAGCUGGAUGUGAGCGUGCUGCACGGCAACAGCAACGAGGAGCGCCCGGGCACCAUUGUCCACAAAGGUCACGAGUUCGUCCACAUCACCUACCACAUGCCCACGGCCUGCGAGGUGUGCCCGAAGCCCUUGUGGCACAUGUUCAAGCCGCCGGCGGCUUACGAAUGCAAGAGAUGCCGCAACAAGAUUCACAAGGAGCAUGUGGACAAGCACGACCCGCUGGCGCCCUGCAAGCUGAAUCACGAUCCGCGCAGUGCCCGGGACAUGCUGCUCCUGGCGGCCACGCCCGAGGAGCAGUCGCUGUGGGUGGCACGCCUGCUGAAGCGUAUCCAAAAGAGUGGAUACAAGGCCAACUCGUCGAACAACAACAGCACUGACGGCAGCAAGAUAUCGCCCAGCCAAUCGACGCGCUCCUCCUACAAACCGUAUGCGGUGAAUGUGCAACGCUCUGCUACGCUGCCAGCAAACUCUUCGCUGAAAUGAACGCCGAACGAUCCAAUUCAAUCCGAUCCCAGAUGCCAGAUGCCACAUUUCAGAUCCCAGAUCCACAGGCACGGCAUUUGCAGCUGGAGCUUCAGCCCCAACGAAACUAAAGCUAAAUGCAAACUAUUGAUACACUGAUACAUUGAUACAGAGAGUGCAACUUGAAUGGCAACUGCAACUAUUAUCUUAAAUUAACGCUCCAAAACAUACAUGCUACAGUAAAUCAACAAAUAUUUUUUGAGUAAUUUACAAGCUAAACUAAUCUACAACUAAACUGUAACUAAAACUAAAACUUAAACUAAAACUAAAACAAAAACUAAUACUAAAAACUGUAUCUUAAAGAACAUGUAAAGCCAAUGCAACUCGUUUAACGCUUACCUAACAUCAAACUGAAUGUAGAACAGAAGUGGCAACGUCAAGCGGGUUUCAGAUAAACCAUGGAUUUGUCGCGUCGUUGUACUUUUUAUAGUAUAUAUAUAAAUAUAAAUACGAUAUGGUAUUCCAUGGCUUGCUAUUGUAUUCUGUCACCGCGCUCAGCACAACGAUGAGAGCUGUACUUAGUUAAGUGAAUCGUAUCCAUGUCGCAGAAAGGGAGAACGUUUGAAGGAGUUUAAAUCUUGAUGCCUUGUAAGAACUUUUUUUUUUUCUCGAUAUAUAAGCAUAAACUUAUAUACAUACUUGUUGUUGUUGUUGUUGUUGUGUAGCGAAUACGAUUGGCCAAACGUUGUUCUUAGAAAAUAACAAAUAAUUGCAAAUGAACACAGCUAUACAUUAUAUUCGUAGAUAUAUAGAGAUAUAUCAUAUCGUGUAAGCCACAAGCCAGCCAACAACAAAAACGAAUCGAGCAACCGACAAACCAGAACUAAGUUAAAGCCACUUUACAAAGCUUUAACUUGUAUUCCAUUAAAUGAGGACUCUUUUUUACAUAAAUAUUAUAUAGAUUUACGUGUACAAGAAGAAGAUGUGAAUGUCAAUCAGUUACUUAAAAGGCAAACUAAAUAUACUGUCCUGUUUCAGUUUCCAGUUCCGAUUCCAAAUCGCUGUUUUAGCACUCGGAAUAAUUGCAUUCGAAGUCGUUAGCUAAAAUCAUUUUGUCUCAGAGGCAAAAGCGAAAGUAAACGGUUCCAAAUUGUAUGUUUUCCCUUUGUAAAAGAUUUGUUGCGAACCGGAAACGGAAACGGUAACGGAAUAAAGUGUCUCUAGCCAUGGACAGAGCGAAACAUGAAUCGAAACUAAACUAAACUAAACUAAACUAAAAAUAAAGUAAAGAGUAAAGAGUAAAGUACACCUAACUAUACGAAAUGAAAGAUGCGACACAGAGUUGUGUUCUAAAGGCUACGUCUAAGUAUUAAAUAUCCAAUAUGUUCUAGUUGUAAGCUAAGCAAAUUAUUUAUUUGUAUCGGCAACGGAAACGAAAAUGAAAUCGAAAUCGAAAACAAAAACAAAAACAAAAACAAAAACGAAAACAUAAACGGCAGCAGCAGCUUAGCACUCUCCAAUUUGUAUGAUUUGUAUUCCAUUAAUGUUGAUUUUACUUAUGAUUUCGAACCCGUUUUGUGUUUUGUAAUUUGAGUAGUUUGUUUUUACAGAUUGUGUACAGAGUGUGAGGCGCCAGCGAAUCGCAUUUAAAAGUAACGAUAAUAGCAACAUUGCUGGCUUCAAUUAUCGGUAGUCGGUUAUUGUUUAUCGCUAAUAGUCUAUCGAUAGGCGCAAAACAGCCGCAAAGUUCGGACUUUGAUUUUGUAAUCGAAGCGCUGCUUUCAUUUUACUUUGUAUUUUAUUUGCACUAUUAUUAUGAUGAUCAUUCGUAUUACGUUUAUGUUUAAUUGUACUCUUUAGUUUAACCGCGUCUGCAAUUGCAUUUGUCCUCGAAUCUUAUCGACUGGCAUCCAAAUGGCAUUGCAAACGUUAAGCAAAUAAAAUGAUAAUGUGUAUAAAAUCAGUA